AUGUCGACAAGUAAAAUUCUUCCCCGUAUGAAAAGAGAGCUUGAAAUCCUAGAACGUGAUACAGCUCCUGGCAUUGUUUGUUAUCCGGUGGACGAUAGUUUACUGAACUUUGCUGCAGAAAUAAAGGGUCCGGUUGACACACCGUACGAGGGGGGAAUUUUUAAAGUGAAGGUACAAAUUCCUCAAAGAUAUCCGAUGGAACCACCAAAAAUGCAAUUUGUCACGCCGAUAUAUCAUCCAAAUGUGGACGAUGUCGGAAGGAUAUGUCUUGAUAUUUUAAAAAUUCCACCAAAGGGUUCCUGGAGUCCAUCUUUGAACAUAUCAACAACACUAACCUCGUUAAGCGUACUAAUGGCCGACCCUAAUCCAGAUGACCCACUUUCCAUCGACAUUGCGCGAGAAUUUAAAGAUAGUCCGAUUCUAUUCAAACAAAAAGCUCGUGAGGCGACACGUAAUUAUGCGAUGAGUGGUGAUAAUGAUAAUAUUGAGGAGGACGAUGGUAAAAAAGAGUCUAUGGAUAAUUCACAAACUAACAAGGGGAAAGGAAAACAAAAGGAAAUUCUGGAAGAAGUAACAGAUAAAGAAUCGAAAGAUGAUCUGGAACAGAUUCCUUUGAAUUCUCCUCAAGUGAAUACUCCGCCGAUUGUGAUUGGUGAGAAAAGCUUUGACGUCAAAAAGAAAUUCUCGGUUUCAAAAGCAAAGACAGGAAUUGAUAAGCAAAUAAAUGAGAAAAUCCAACUACAGGUUACCGAGAGUUCCAGCAAACACGAAGUUAUUAAUGAUAACAAUGAACCACUUAUUAUAGCAGACCCAAAUAUCGAUAUUCCUAAUCAGUCAGCACAUCAAUCAGAAAAGGAAACAGCGGCAUUAUCAGUUUCUGAAACUAAAUCCACAACACCGACAGAUGUAGAACUUGACUCUAAAAAUAUAGCUUCACUUCAUGAAAAAAUAAUAUUAGUUUCAGAAAUCAAUUCCACAUCACCACCAACAACUGUAACAACUGAAGAAAGAGUCCCGUUAAUGGAAAAAAUUAAUGUAUUAUCUCUUGGCUCGUCGUCAUCAUCAUCUUUAAAUUCAACAAGCAACAAAAAAUUAGGAAACGAAAACGCAAAAGAGGCAAAUAAAAGUGAAAAGAAACGUAGUUUACUUCGAAAAAGAACGAAAAAUGAGCAGAUUGAAAAAAAAAUGAAAUUCAAUAAUGAUGAAGAACCAGACGUUGAUCUUGAAAAUAAAUACUAUAAUGCUAAAGCACGCAAAGAGGAUGAUCCUAAUGCGGCCAUAAAAGAGUUCCAGAGUGUGGUUGAGACAGAAUCAGAAAAAGGUGAUUGGGGUUUCAAAGCAUUAAAACAAAUGUGUAAACUUUCUUUUCGUGCUAAUGACUCUGAAUCGGUAAACACUCAAGUACUACAAGGAACUUCUCACCUACACAAAAUCAGCUGUCACGCGAAAUUACGGCGAGAAGAGUAUCAACAAUAUUUUGGAUUUUAUCUCUACCUCGCAGGAUAUGGGAUUUAUGGAGAACGUCUAUGGGUCAAGACUAAUUUGAAAUUGGCCAAACUUUGGCUUGAUCGUAAAGAAUUUACGCGGUUGAGUAAGAUAUUACGACAACUUCACCAAUCCUGUCAAAAAGAUGAUGGUACAGAUGAUCAAAGAAAGGGAACACACUUGCUAGAGAUCUUUGCAUUGGAGAUUCAAAUGUAUACUGAGACAAAGAAUAAUAAGAAAUUGAAGAUACUUUAUCAACAAUGUCUACACGUGAAAUCUGCUAUACCGCAUCCACGUAUAAUGGGUGUAAUUCGGGAAUGUGGUGGAAAGAUGCACAUGGGUGAAAAGGAAUGGGAUAAAGCUCAAACUGAUUUCUUUGAGUCAUUCAGGAACUACGACGAGGCCGGUAGUCCACAGCGUAUACAAGUAUUGAAAUACCUUGUACUCGCAAAUAUGUUAACAGAAUCACAAAUCAACCCAUUUGACUCGCAAGAGACCAAACCUUAUAAAAACGAUCCACAAAUUGUUGCAAUGACAAACCUAGUAAGUGCAUAUCAACGAAAGGAGAUUCGAGAGUUUGAGAAAAUUCUUCGGGAGAAUCGAUCAACAAUUAUGGACGACCCCUUCAUCAGAACAUACAUUGACGAUGUCCUCAAGAAUAUUCGUACUCAGGUACUUUUACGUCUGAUCAAACCGUACACACGUAUCGAGAUACCAUUUAUAUCAAAGCAAUUGAACAUUCCGGCACAAGACGUAGAAGAGUUACUAGUAGGUCUAGUGCUUGACAAUAAGAUUUCUGGAAGAAUCGAUCAAGGUGAGGCACGAGCACCAUAUGAAUGA